GAGUACUGUUCCUUGGUUACUUACUUCCACAGGAAUCCCUCGACAGAUCCACUCCUCAAAUUUCUCGACAAACUCACUCUGCUACUUCUGCUCGCCCUUCAACCUCUCUUCCAUAGCUUACACUGACUUUCUACAUCCCUUUUGUCCCCAAAGUGACUCUUUAUUGCCGACUUCUUGGCUCUUCUCCCUCUUGCAAUGUCUGUCGUCAGCUACUUUUCCACCAUCGACUUAAAUUCCCUUCGCCAUCGACUCAACAAAUCAUCAACGCAUAACUUUUCGUCUUUCUUUUGCUAAAGAUCCACCUACUCUUCACAGCAAGAAGAAACGAGAUAUAUUAGAUAGGGGGGGAUAUGUGAAAGAAUGAGGAAGCGAUGAAGGGGAAGAUUGAAAGUACAACCAGACAAAAUCCUUGUCAAAUCGAAGGAAUUAACACAAAAGAGGAGGUACCCUGGUAUCACAGAAAGUGCUUGGCUUACAUCUAUAAAGCUAAGGUGAAGAGGGAUGGAUCUUAUUAUCAAUGCGUUUGGGGAAAGUUACCAAGCCUCAUGGGAACACCGAUGUUGUUCGUGCUAAGUUUUCGUCUAAUCUUCCUCCUAAAUCCACGAUUAAUAUCCCCCCAUAAGUUUCAUCAGUUUGUUUCUGUGUUCUUUGUGAACUUCUUAAAAUCUUUUCUUUUUCUGUUUGCAGGGAGCUAGGGUUAGGGUGUUCAUGUACCCAAGCAACAUCUAAGUUUAUAGGGAGGGGGAAGAAGGAAGAUAUCAUCGGUGAUGUUUAACAUGUUUUUCACAGCGGAUCAAGUUUAUGGAUGGGAUCCAAUCAAAACUUGGGUUGGGGUUGUUGUUGGUGCAAUUCUCCCUCUUCUUGGGGUGUUAUGGAAGAACUAGAAACCGAUUUGGAUCGUUCAAGAAAAGGGAAGCCUCCAUUGAAGGAAGGAAGAAGAAGCUUGGGAGUUGAAGAGGAAGCAAGUAGAUCCAGAGGUUGUGUUCCAUUUCCAGCUCAUUUGAGGACUUUGAGGAUAGUUGAUCCCAGCAUCGAGGACAGUUCAGUUACUACACGACAUCGAGGCCCUCUUUCUUCGAAGGGAAAGGAGCCGGCUCGGUAGCAGCGCAUCACACCAUUAUUUUCCGCACCAUGAUGUUCUUGGGAUUGUACUCUGACAUUAUUAUUCCAUGACAUGUUUUAUGACAUUUGACUUAUGGGUUUAUGGGUUUGAUAUGAUAUUGAUGAUGUUUUCAGUAAA